GGCUUCUCCGCGCGACCGUGUGUCUGACCCCCGAUAGCUUCCUUGGCAUAGAGUUGAUGGUGAUGAUGAUGACGGCUAUGUGACCGGAGCCCGAGCCACCAGAGUCAUAGCCGCAGCCGUUGCAGAAGUAGCGGUAACAUAACGAGUGGCGGUAGUGUCUCUAGCGUGUUCCAUGUGGCGGGAUUCAGUUGGGGUUUGACAGUCACUCGGGACGAACGUUCGAUUCCAACUUGAAUUCUCCGUGGGUAUAACGGCCAACAAACAAGAAGUCAAUUGAUGAUCUCUAGAGUAACACGCGGGAAAUAGUAAUGGUAGAGGAAACUGGUCUAAAUAAUCUCUUGUGAGUGAUAACAUUCCAUUGCUUCCAUCGAAUAAUCGUGUUUGUGUCGUGCUAUGUUGCUUUAAAUUUUACAAUUGUAUUUUUGAAAUUUUAACAUAUCAAACGCGUUUCAAAAAAGUGUUAAUCAUAUUAAUGACCUAUAGUUGAGUAAUAAGGACUCGGUCAGGACGUUCAAUUCACUCAUCAACUAGUGACUUGUUACCGGUUUAAACUUGAUUAUUGUGACUAAUCCUUGGUUUGAAGUUGAAUGACAUUUUUCGUAGUCAUAAAUACGCAGUCUGAGAAAUAAAUAAUCGAGCGUGUGAUAUAAAUUAGAAAAAAAAACUGCAUUUUCAUAUUCCGAGUGAGAUUUCAAACAGCCUCACGCUGCGAUCAGACGAACCAGUGCCGGGCUUUAGCUCGGCUUCUCCAUGGCCUACUCUCGAGCUAGAAUGGGGUCGAAAGCUGUAUCCAACGACAGGACCUCGCUCGGCGAGCGGUUUGAUGUUCGGACUCCCGCCUACCGGUGCCGAUCUCAAUCAACCGCGAGGCCCAAUGACAUCCCUGAAAGAAGAACCCUUAGGUGCUCGGGCCUGGAUGCAACCCGCUGAUCAAACAAACUUAGGAAUCGGUCGGGCGCAUUUUGAGAAACAACCGCCAAGCAAUUUGCGCAAAUCAAAUUUUUUUCAUUUCGUUAUUGCUCUAUACGAUCGUGCCGGUCAACCUAUAGAGAUUGAACGAACUGCAUUUAUUGGAUUCAUCGAAAAGGAUCAAGAACCAGAUGGGCAGAAAACAAAUAAUGGCAUUCAGUAUAGAUUGCAACUGUUAUAUGCGAAUGGUGCCCGCCAGGAACAAGAUAUUUUUGUACGAUUAAUCGAUUCGGUUACAAAACAGGCCAUUGUAUACGAAGGACAAGAUAAAAAUCCAGAAAUGUGUAGAGUACUAUUGACACAUGAAAUAAUGUGCAGUCGAUGCUGUGAUAAAAAAAGUUGCGGCAACCGAAAUGAGACACCCUCAGAUCCUGUUAUCAUUGAUCGAUUCUUCCUCAAAUUCUUUUUGAAAUGCAAUCAAAAUUGCCUAAAAAAUGCGGGGAAUCCACGUGAUAUGCGCCGAUUUCAGGUUGUGAUUGCAACACAAGUGAGCGUCGAAGGACCAUUACUAGCCAUAUCCGAUAAUAUGUUUGUACAUAAUAAUUCUAAACAUGGUCGUCGAGCAAAACGAAUGGAUGCAACGGAAGGUACAGGCAAUUCUCCCCUGGCCAUUACGGGUCAUCCCCUUGCGCCUGACAGUACGUACGACGGACUCUAUCCACCACUUCCCGUCGCUACGCCAUGCAUAAAGGCCAUUUCUCCCAGCGAAGGAUGGACAACGGGUGGUGCUACUGUUAUUAUUGUUGGCGAUAAUUUUUUCGAUGGCCUUCAAGUAGUCUUCGGUACUAUGUUGGUUUGGAGUGAACUAAUCACAUCGCAUGCUAUACGAGUACAAACACCACCUAGACAUAUUCCCGGUGUUGUGGAGGUUACCCUAUCGUACAAGAGUAAACAAUUCUGUAAAGGCUCACCUGGACGAUUUGUUUAUGUUUCUUUGAAUGAGCCAACGAUAGACUACGGCUUCCAGAGAUUACAAAAGUUGAUACCAAGGCACCCUGGUGAUCCUGAGAAACUUCAAAAAGAAAUCAUUUUGAAGAGGGCAGCUGAUUUAGUAGAAGCACUUUAUUCAAUGCCUCGGUCGCCCAGUGGAACGAAUGGUUUCAACUCGUAUGCUGGUCAAUUAGCUGUAACUGUGCAGGAUAGUAGCGGCCAAUGGACCGAAGAUGAAUACCAAAGAACCCAAAGUAGUAGCGUCAGUCCGCGCGGUGGUUACUGUAGCAGUGCAUCAACACCACAUUCAUCAGGAGGGUCUUAUGGUGCCACAGCGAAUGGAUAUGGCCCGGCACCAAAUAUGGGAACAUUAUCAUCAUCUCCAGGCAGCGUAUUCAACUCAACUUCGAGAGUUGGUGGUCUGGUCAGUGGCUUCAACCCUUUCGCUCUGCCAACCUGCAGUACACAAGGAUACAGCACUAGUCCACUGGUCACAUCGUCUAAAUAAUAUUAGUUUUCAAUGUUCUAUUAAGUUCGCCCAGUAAAGUUCACCGGAAACAACCCUUUCUUGAUUUCUCAAAGGAAUGGUUGAGUUGUAACCAAACCAGAAGGAUCACCUCCUCUUUAUUUUGAGGGGAGAAAUUAUCAAUAAUAUUUUAGAAUAUUUUACAUGGAAUAAUUCUCUUUUAAAUUUAAAGGACUUGCUGGUGUUCAAUGACGAACAGAAAAAGUGCAAUAUUUAUAUACAUACAUAUAUCAUGAGAUCUUCUUGUUAUAUAGUGUAGACAUGUAAUUUAGAUAUACACAUUUUAUUUAAUAAAACUUCAUUUAUACAUAUCUGUAAAUAUCACUACGGUCAUGAAUGCAUACAUAGAAGAAUAAAUGAUUAUUUAUAGAUCUAAAUACUGAAUACAGAAUGAAACAUCUCAAAUAUUAGGUUGGGGCAAAAGUAAUGUCGUAUGUCGUGUGGGAUUCACACCCACUAAAAACCACCCCCGGUCUCUCCAGCCCCAGCCCCGC